GCUCGUCAGCCAGGGAGGUACUUCCGUAUACGCAAGGGAUUUCCUGUACCAACGAUAAGAGCUUAGAGGGCCAACCAUGCUGAAGCUAAUCGCCAGUCGCUCUUGCCUAACAACCCUGCGCCUCGCAAGGACGCUAUCUAUCAAGAAGACUGGAGUCAGGUCAUCCUCCUUGCACACUACGCCCGCGAUCCAAAGAGAGGGUUUGGGAGACUUUGCAUUAACAGACCGGGUUGCGAUUGUCACUGGAGGUAACCGUGGUCUUGGGCUCGAGGCCGCUUUGGCGCUCUCUGUGGCUGGUUCGCGUGCAGUAUAUUGUUUAGAUCUCCCGGAGAAGCCAGGUGAAGAUUGGAACGCUGCUCGCCAGAUCGUAGAAAAACUUGGGGGCGCUGGAAGACUCGAAUAUGUGACCGCUGACGUCUGCGAUCAGAAAAGGCUACUCAAAACGGUAGAAGACAUUGCAACAAAAGAGGGGAGAAUGGAUAUUUGCGUGGCAGCUGCAGGCACUACGGGGAUUCCCCGUCAUGUCUUGGAAUACACCGAAGAAGACCUCGAAAAGGUUUAUGCUGUAAACAUCAAAGGGGUGUUCUUCAGCGCCCAAGCUGCUGCAAAGCAAAUUGCUCGUUUCCAGCUGCCGGGAAGUAUUGUUCUCGUUGCCUCCAUCGCUGGCAGUGUUGCUCUGAGGGAUCCGCCAAUGAUGCCAUACCAUACUAGUAAGGCCGCAGUGAUACAGAUGGCCCGCAGCAUGGCAUGUGAACUUGCGCAAAAGAACAUCAGGGUGAACUCAUUAUCACCAGGUUUUAUUGAGACACCCCUCCUGACACCGUUGUUUUCUGCGCAACCAGAGUUCCGUGCUGUAUGGUCAGAGCAGAACUUAAUGAAAAGGCUUGGCAAACCUCACGAACUGCGGGGAGUUGUGACGUGGCUGGCAUCCGACGCGUCGAGCUAUUGCACAGGAAGCAACAUUGUUGUCGACGGUGGACACACCGCAUUGUAGAGUUAAUAUUGAGUACCAGCGUGUUCGAAUUGAUUAUAUGUGCUUCAAGCUGUAAGAAUAGUCGAGGACCUCGUGCCAUGAAAGCACAGCCACUGUUAUUAUCUUAUCUUAUCUAAGUUUCUCC